GUUGGCGGUAAUUUGAAAAAGGAGCGUCUGUUGUUAUUUUCCGUGACUUGGAGAUACAUCUCUGACAUUUACAAAUUAUGGCCGAGUUGGAGGCAGGUGUGGUGGCGGAAGAGGCUCUGUCAGAGACCGCUCUCAAUGAGCUCAUGGAGCAGUGUGAGGACCAGUUCACCCUGCUGGAGAAGCUUCAGAAUGAGAUCAUACUGUCUGAACCAGAUGCAUGUGAGAAUCCUCAAGACCAGGCAGUAAAUCGACUGAUGGCAGCGGAAGCUGAACUGAAGCAGUGGCUGUCAGUGGAGCCUAAAUUGCUGGCAUCAAAUUCAGAAGUUUUACUCAAAGCUGGAAAAGAAGAGAUGCUCAAACUGUGCUCGGAACUUGAGAUGGGUCUUUCUUGCCAGGAAGCAAAGAGAGACAAACUGAAAGAAACCAAAGAACUUGAACAGAAGUGGUUGGAGGAGAAGACACAAGUGCUGAUAGCUGCCAAAAAACACGUUGAGCAAAGACAAAUAGAAAAGGAGAAAGCAUCAGAGCACAGUAUAUUGCUGGACACAAAAACUCAAAUCCAGAAGGUGAAUGUGUACCAGGAGAGGUUGAUGGAGUGUCUGUCGGAUGUUCUGGGGAAGCACAUCCCUCUGCCUCAGUACGAGUCCAGCACCAACAAGAAGAAGAAGAAGAGCAAUACCCAGGAGUUUGAUAAAGACAUGAUUUCCCUCAAUGAAAUUCUCGAG